AUGAGAGAGGAGCCGGGAAAAGAGAAAGAUGCCAAUAACAAAGAUCCAGUGGAAGAGGAGGAUGGCAAGGAAAGUGAGGAGCUGCAAUUACCUAAAAUAAGCACCUACGUAACAGCAGUUCCAACUGCUGUACAAAAGUUAAAAAGGCUCACAGCAGCUAAGAAGCCUGUUAUUACUGAAAGUCCCCCAAAGUUACUGGAGGGGCCAUUCGGCUUGGGCUCUCUAGUUUCCCCUGCUUUUCAACGUUUCAACAACAUUGACUUCUUCACGUUUUUAUACUUCGUGGUGGUCACAGGUCAUGGUAUUGUAUUUUCUCUUGUUGAUUUGAGUUUUCAUAAAUUCGACAAGGAAUUUUCUCUGUCAGAGAAAGAGAGAUUCAUAAUGGAUUACAGUGAUUAUCAUGCAUCUUUCCUGGUAGCAAUGAUCGUAGCAUACUAUGGAGGCAGAGGGAACAGGCCAAAAUGGUUGGCAGUUUCUGCCUUUCUAUUAGGAAUUGCAGCAAUUAUAUUUGGUCUUAUUUUCUUCAAGUAUGAAAUUAUAAAACCGGUGGAAAAAAGUGAAGAGUUGUGCAUAGAACAGCACAGGAAAACGACAGAUUGUCAAGAAUUAAGAAUACCACACAGAUCAAAAUGUAUCUAUCUCUUCAUCGUUGCUCAGUACCUCCAUGGAAUAACAGGGAUGCCUAUGUAUAUCCUUGGCAUAUCCUUCAUUUUCGACCAUGUUCCCACAUUCUCAGCUGGCCUCUAUCUAGGCAAUGAAAACGAGAAUCAAUUUCGAAGGUUGCAGCGAAAUUGGUGGAGUGGAUUUUUUUUAGUGGCUCUACUUUCAUGGUGUGCAGUGUUACCAUUGUUAUGUUUUCCAACUUGGUUACCCGGCGCACUCAAGAUAAGCCUUGAGAAAGAAAAGGAAUCUCCCUCCUUUAACAAGACACUUAAAAAUAAGGAAUUUGGACCUAGUUUGAAAGAUAUGAUUGAGGCUACUAAGUGUCUGUUGAGGAACCCGCUGCUGAUAUGCUACUCAUUGUGCAAAACCACAGAGUGCCUGACUUUUAGGGGAUCUAAGUCAUUUCUGCCCAUUUAUUUACAAAAUCAGUUUUUGUUAACGCCCUCACAUGCCAGUAUGCUCACAGGCAUGAUUGUAAUUCCAGGAAUGGCAAUUGGCCAUUUUGUGGGAGGUUUAAUUGUUGACAGAUUGGAAAUGAAUUCUAAAAGCAAACUAAGAUUUACAGUGGUGACAUCUAUUAUAGCACUUGGGCUUUUUAUGUUAAUCCUUUUUGUAAAGUGUGAAACAGUGAAAUUUGCUGGAAUCAAUGAAGAUUAUGAAGGGUCAGGUAAUUUGGGAAACCUCACAGCUCCAUGCAAUGAGAAAUGUGCUUGUCCAAGCUCCAUCUAUGCUUCUAUAUGUGGAAGAGAUGAUAUUGAGUAUUUCUCUCCCUGCUUUGCAGGCUGCAGGGCUUCUAAAUAUUUAGACAAUGAAAAGACAUACUACAAUUGUUCUUGCAUUAAAGAAGGAUUGACAACUUCAGAUACUGAAGGUGAUUUUAUUGAUGCCAUUCCUGGAAAAUGCAGUAACAAGUGUCACAAAUUACCUUUGUUUUUUGCCUUUUCUUUUUCUUCAAUGGUUUUUUCCAAUUUGCCUAGUAUAGCUGUCACCAUGACUAUCCUCCAAAGUGCACCUGACAAUUUAAAGUCACUGAGCCUGGGUAUAAGCUAUACAAUUUGGAGAAUUACUGGAUCCAUCCCUACACCACUGGUUUUAGACAUGUUAACAUCUCAGGCUUGCAUUUACUGGAGCAUUAAUAAAUGUGGAUUUAAAGACCGUUGUUGGAUCUACAAUAAGGAAAGAAUGUUCUACAUAAUGAUGUCACAAUGUAAGUGA